AUGCCCGAAAUAAUUGCUCCUGACAUCAGAGAUGAUGACUUAUCGGCCUAUGUCAACGAGUACGAGCACGAUGCUGAAGGAAAAACAAUACCCACCGCCGCACAAGGUUGGAGGAUGACUGCGCGCUGCGCGCUAGCACGACAACAGCGAUGGGUGGAAGAAACAAAACAGUAUCCACCUAUGGAACACCUCCCUGCUCAAUACGAUGCCGCGAUCACGAGGACAUCCGUCAUCCUCUGUUUCGGUCUCGGGGUUACCUACGACCAGCUUUUGAGAUUCGUCAACAAGCACAACAUUAGAGCUCCAUCGGCUCCCGAUCAACCUAUCACUCGCCCUGUAGUGGCCUUUUUUAUGAUUGCCAAACAUCUAGCGACAAAGGUCCGUGGUUUGCGGCUAUUUUACCGCCGACCUCGGUCCCUACAAUACGACAUGGUUCUUGCUCUCUACUCGAAUCAUUCGUUCAGAAAAUAUCAGUAUAGGCCCGAAAGCGAGAAGCGAAUUAUCGAGAUCAUGAAGGAGGAGCUGGAGAUUGACUCAACCCCGAUGUGGUACUGGGACAUGGACCGCGAUACACUGUUCUGA